CACCCGAAGACACCGCCGCAGCCUGUGAAAGUCCCGGGGACUCCAAGUGAGGAAGUGACACUCCCAAACCAGCCGGCCCGCCGCUGCCAGCUCCGCGCGGCCUCGGGCAGGGCCGUGCCGGGGACAGCGGGUGGAUUUCAGGCUCUGCGGGCUCCGCCGCGCCCCAGCCCGCGGGGUCCAUGCGCCGCGCCGCGCCUGGCGCCCAGGAUCCUCGGGUCGCCCAUGCGGCCCCCUAGAGCCGCGCUGUAGCCAGCGACCUCACCCGGGAGACCAUCUUCCGCGGUGCCAAGCAGAGGGGAGGGGGACACGGAGGGGUAACCUCUUUGGACUAACUCAUGAAGAACAAGGGUGCCAAGCAGAAGCUGAAACGAAAGGGAGCCGCCAGUGCGUUCGGCUGUUCCGUAUGUAUUGAAAAGCUGUGCAGAAUUUAUAGAGACUCACGGCAUUGUAGAUGGAAUCUACCGACUUUCCGGGGUCACCUCAAAUAUACAACGGCUCAGGCAAGAGUUUGGCUCAGAUCAGGGUCCAGAUCUGACAAGGGAAGUAUACCUCCAGGACAUCCACUGCGUGGGCUCACUCUGCAAGCUCUACUUCAGGGAGCUGCCCAACCCCCUCCUGACGUAUGAGCUCUAUGAGAAAUUCACGGAGGCCGUGUCACACUGCCCGGAAGAAGGCCAGCUGGCCCGAAUCCAGAAUGUUAUCCAGGAGCUGCCGCCAUCCCACUAUAGGACCUUGGAAUACCUGAUUCGUCAUCUGGCCCACAUCGCCUCCUUCAGCAGCAAGACCAACAUGCACGCCAGGAACCUGGCCCUGGUAUGGGCUCCAAACCUCCUCAGGUCUAAAGAAAUCGAAGCCACCGGUUGCAAUGGAGAUGCAGCCUUCCUUGCUGUCCGGGUCCAGCAGGUGGUGAUUGAGUUCAUACUGAAUCAUGUGGAUCAGAUCUUUAACAACAGUGCACCUGGAUCCCUGGAGAACGAUGAAAACCGGCCCAUCAUGAAGAGCCUGACCUUACCAGCUCUCUCCCUGCCCAUGAAGUUGGUGAGUCUGGAGGAAGCCCAGGCCCGUAGCCUGGCUACUAACCAUCCUGCCCGGAAAGAAAGGAGGGAGAAUAGCCUGCCUGAGAUUGUCCCUCCCAUGGGCACUCUCUUCCAUACUGUCCUUGAGUUGCCAGACAACAAGAGAAAGCUUUCCAGUAAAUCAAAGAAGUGGAAAUCAAUAUUUAACCUGGGACGUUCUGGAUCAGACUCCAAGUCAAAGCUGAGUAGAAAUGGGAGUGUGUUUGUGAGAGGACAGAGACUCUCAGUGGAAAAGGCUACCAUCCGACCAGCUAAAAGCAUGGACUCACUGUGUUCGGUUCCUGUGGAAGGAAAAGACACCAAAGGAAAUUUCAAUAGAACAGUUACCACCGGUGGAUUUUUCAUUCCGGCAACAAAAAUGCACUCAACCAGCACUGGCAGCUCCUGUGACCUCACCAAGCAGGAGGGUGAAUGGGGCCAGGAGGUGAUGCCUACAGGGGCCGAGGGAGGCUUUGAUGUAAGUAGUGACAGAAGCCACCUCCAGGGAGCUCAGGCCCGGCCCCUGCCCGAGCAGCUGAAGGUGUUUCGGCCCAUCGAAGAUCCUGAGAGUGAGCAGACAGCCCCCAAAAUGCUGGGUAUGUUCUACACCUCCAAUGACAGCCCCAGCAAAUCUGUCUUCACCAGCAGCCUGUUCCAGAUGGAGCCCUCCCCCCGACACCAGCGCAAGGCGCUGAACAUCUCCGAGCCCUUUGCCGUAUCCGUGCCGCUCCGCGUGUCAGCUGUCAUCAGCACCAACAGCACUCCCUGCAGAACACCUCCAAAGGAGCUGCAGUCUCUCUCCAGCCUGGAAGAGUUUUCUUUCCAGGGAUCAGACAGGGGAGGUUGGGCAGAAGAGGAGAAGCCACAGGGAGCUGAGACAUCUAUAGCUUCUGGACCCAAGAAGGCAGCUCUUGAAGAUGCCAAGCCGGUACCUGACACAGUGGGGACAGCGGAAUGCAGCAAGGGCCUACCGCUGGGUCCCGGCGCCCAGACGGAAGAGAAAACCUUGGACAUUUCCCUGGGCUCUCAACAUCCCAAGGAACCAGAAAAGAGGCCAAAUCCAGAGAAGGCUGUGAAGGAGGGGAAGGAGGGACAAGAGAUUGCUCAAAUGGAGCCCAGUACUCUGCAGGAUAGCCCGGGGCCCAGAGCCGAAGCCAUGUUUCUUCAGGAGAUGGAUGAAGAUGAUCUGGUCAACACCCUGAUCUGGCCGGAGAUUCAACAGGAGCUGAAAAUUAUCGAAUCUGAAGAGGAGCUCUCUUCAUUAUCAACAUCGGCUCUGAGGAUCAGCCCAAUUCAGCCAAUUCCUGAAUCCAGCCCAGGGCCCCUUGCUUCGCCUGACUCUCCUGGGAGCUUGUCUUGUGGCUCCACCCUGGCUCCGGACUCCGCCCCUCUGGAGGAGGGGACUAAGGAUCCAGCCAAUCAGAACACACAGGGAUCCUCCGCAGCAAAUAGAGAGAAGCCAGAGUCACCCACCAUCCUCUGUAGAGCCGAUCCACAGCCGGGCCUGCGCCCAGAUCCCGCCAGCCUCAUCCCUCUGGAAAUAGUUCCGUAUGAGGCAGUGUUGCCACAAGCAAAAGUGCAAGCGCGAGGCCCAGGUAAUCUGUCCCCUCCGCUUCCACCUGCUCCUCCCCCUCCAACUCCUCUGGAGGAGGCGCCUCGAGUCCUGCCAUCCAUGGACUGCCCUGCGAGUGACGAGGUAUCCAGACCUUUGCGGACAAAUCCCCCAGUUGACCAGCUGAAGUCUACAGACCAAUCUGGCACCCCGAGCCUCUGUCCCGAAGAUGAGACCACCCCAAGACAAAGUGAAAAGCAAAAUUCAAAGAAUGCUGCUCCCGAGGAGAAAAGUUCUGGCUUUCCAAGCCCAACAGGGGAGGUGGAGUUCUCCCCACAAGGUGAGGGGGAGGCAGCCCAUUCAACCCAGGAGCCUUCAGACUGUGACGAAGAUGACACUGUGACAGACAUUGCCCAGCAUGGCCUGGAGAUGGUGGAGCCCUGGGAAGAGCCGCAGUGGGUGACAAGUCCCCUUCACUCUCCCACCCUGAAAGAUGUGCAGGAGGCCCAGGUGCAAAGCCACCGAUUGGAGAGGCGGCUUUCCCACAGGCCCAGCCUCCGCCAGAGCCGUUCUCUAGACAGUAAAACUACAGUCAAGAGCCAAUGGACUCUGGAGGCUCCCUCCUCCAGCAGCUGUGCUAACCUUGAAACAGAGAGGAAUUCGGAUCCUCUGCAGCCCCCAACACUGAAAGGGGAGAUUAUUGGAUGGGAUGAGAAAGCCCUUAGGUCCUUCAGAGAGUUCUCUGGACUGAAAGGGACAGAAGCUCUUCCCAGCCAGAAGGGACCCACACCAGCAGAAAGCAGCCCUGUCAGCCUAGCAGAGGGGAAGGACCUGGAGACACACUCCGUGCACAGCAACCUGCGGAUGAAGCAAGGUGGUGUUUCUGGACCAGAAAGCAGCAAGGAGAGUUCACCAACCAUUCAAGACACGGCCUCGCCUGGAGAGCAUCCCCCAAAGUUAGAGCUGAAGAACACUGAGUGUGGGCUCCUCAAAGGGAAACACAGACCUUCUUCCCUCAACCUGGACUCUGCCAUUCCCAUUGCUGACCUCUUCCGGUUGGAGAAUGUAGCCUCAUUUAGUUCGCCUGGAAUGCAGUUCUCUGAGCCAGGAGAUUCAGAGGUCACAUGGAUGACUUCAUCUCACUGUAAAGCAGAUCCCUGGAGGUUGUACCCCCAGGACCCCCAGGACCUGGACAUUGUCGCCCAUGCCUUAACAGGGCGCCGGAACUCAGCUCCGGUGAGUGUGUCAGCUGUGAGAACCUCCUUUAUGGUCAAAAUGUGCCAGGCCAGGGCAGUCCCAGUCAUCCCACCCAAGAUUCAGUACACACAGAUCCCACAGCCCCUGCCCUCUCAGAACUCAGGGGAGAGUGGGGCUCGGCUGCUGGAAAGGAGCCAAGAGGAAGCCAGCUCAACUAGGGAGACCUCCCAGAAACCUGCCAAAGAUGAGUCUUCAUCCUCCCUGGAAAGCCCAAAGGAAGAGAAACCAAAGCAAGACACGGGAGCCAUUAAGUCCUCACCAGUGGAAUCCACUGCAGCCUGCAUGUGUGAGGGACCCCCUCUUCCUCCAGAACCAGGCUUGUCUAACCUGCUGUCCACCCAGGACAUGACAGUGCAAUGCAGAAAGCGCACUUCAGAGACAGAACCAGCUGAGGACAACCUUCUUUCUUCAAAAAUAGAGCGACCAUCUGGCGGUUCCAAGCCUUUCCACAGGUCAAGGCCAGGAAGACCUCAGAGCCUAAUCUUAUUCAGCCCUCCUUUCCCUAUUAUGGACCACCUGCCCCCCUCAUCCACAGUGACAGAUUCCAAGGUCUUGCUGUCCCCUAUCAAAAGUCCUGCCCAGACAGUUUCCCCUGGCCUUCUUUGUGGGGAGUUGGCAGAAAACACAUGGGUCACACCAGAAGGGGUUACACUUAGGAAUAAAAUGACCAUCCCUAAGAAUGGCCAGAGACUAGAGACCUCAACCAGCUGUUUUUACCAGCCCCAGCGGAGAUCAGUGAUUCUGGAUGGAAGAAGUGGGAGGCAAAUAGAAUGAUAAUCAGUUCAUCUAGUGUCCAAAAAACCCAUCAUGGUUCAUCUAGAAGUUACUAGAGGGCCAACGUGCCAUUUUCUAGGCACCAGUUAUCGAGUUUGGGCUUAUGCUGGCCUCUGACUUCUUUCUUCAGCCUUUUAACUAUUUACUAAUUAGCUCACUUCUUAAAGGGUGGUCAAGGGAAGGACCAAAAGGUGAAAUUUAGAUAAGUCUAUAUGAGCAACUGAGAAAGGUUAGGUAAGAGAAGAGGACGCUUGCCUUCAGUGAAAUUUGGGGCUUGUUUUUGAGUUGCAUUACUCCCCUAAAAACAAUCCAUUACUGUUGAGGGCUGGCUGUGGUAAUGCCCCUUGAAAGAAAAAUCUUUUGUUUGUGUUGGAAAAUGCUGCCGUUGAGGUUUGAAGGCCUCAUCUUUACUUCAUGCUUUUUAGUGCUUUUAAGCAUGGUCCUUUUAGACCAGUUUUCUAAUAAGCUUUGUAAGUGGACUAUCCAAAAUAGAAGCAGAUUUGGAAAUGGAAAAUAACAUGCACUUAGAUACCUAAGUGGGUAAACUCACCCGUGCUUUUUCCCAGGAAUUUCAACGGGUCUGUCCAAGAUGACUCCAUAUGCCAGUAUAGGAAAACAGAACCUAUACUCAAGAUUCCAACUCACACCAUCCAAGGAAACUUUCUGGCUUUGGCUUUGAUUAAUCUGAAACUCCAACUGCCUCUGUGCUGAACUCUCAUUUAUAAAUCCAGUAGCUGGGCAGGGAGUGGACUGAGCUGAGGUUACCUUAAUGAAGUAUACUGAAUCUUCAUAUAGGUACGCAACAGUGAAGUGAAAGUAUCUGCUUUCAAUGACAAUAUCGAUGUCUAAGAACAGUUUGUCAUCAUGGAGAAAAGCCUCACAUAGACAGAACUCCACUCCAAACAUAAUGUGUUUCAAUGGGUGAGGAAUGAGCAGAAAAUACUUCUUGUUCACCUUCAUUCACCUACACUAGGCUGGGCCCAACAGGACAGGAGAGGACAAGAGGAGGAGGCCCAGAAGGGUCGGCCCUAGCAAAGCAGCCAUCACUGCCGCCCACCGAGAGCUACCCCUGAAAAUGUAUUUCAUUUAAACCAGAGUCCCUUCCUUUCUCCUUCCAUUGCUCAACAGCAGAUCUAAGGUACCGCUCUCUCUUCCAUCAUUCUUCUCAUUCACCAUUCACUCCACACUCAAACUUACUAUCUCUACACAAGCAAAAGCAAUAAACUGAUCUGAUUUUUUUUUUCAUUCCAUUAUUUACAACUUUCAAUGGUUCUUUCCUUUUCAGCUAGAGGGAGGAAGAACUAAUAUACCUGCUGGCAGAUUUUUGGUGCUUCUCCAAAAAGGGCUUCACAGGGCAUCUCUUCUCAGGUUCUGGCCUGACCAAACUCUGUUCAGAAACUCAGCCAUUGCAGAAAUCUCACUAAGGACUAUCAGUACCCUGGCAGACCUCACAACCAGAGCUGGUGCUGGGCUGAGCUGAAGCUGUCUCCUCCAAUGAGAAACUGGAAGCUGACAGCCUGCAACAGAUAUAUAUCCUCUUCCUCCCUGAUAAGCCUAACAGUUUUUAAAUCUUAUCCCGUACCUUUUAAGCCAGUGUCUGUGGUGAAGGUGCAACUGGCAAGGCAGCUGAUGAGUUCUGCCUUUGGUGAGCAGAGACAACUGAGCAGGGAGCAAUCAAUAGCCCUUCCAUUCCCAUUGGGCAAGCAAAACACUGGAGCAACAGCCAAUGAGGUAUCAAUCGCUAAGAAAAGUCCUAGAAUACAGCAUCUUCCCCCUAGGCAAACAAGGUGAAGAAAUACAGUAGUGACAGGUGAGAAAGGCCAUAGAGCAGACAUCUGAAAUUACAUUCCUGCCUCAUCAGAAAAUGUGGUAGACAGGUUUUAUGUCAGCCUCAGUGCACUUGUGGUGUCUCUGCUUUGAUAAGGACCAUGUUCCUACUAAUGAGAGGGAGAAACUGGCACUUUGUUUCACCAUCAGAACUGAGCCAAAUAAUGAAAUGUUUAAACUAUUUUAUGAUUUAAAUUUUUCAUUUAUAACACUUAUGUGUUUAUCUUGGGAUAGACUGAGAAGCCAUCAUUUAUAUAUUAACUAGCAACUUCAAUUCCAUGGGUUGAGGUGUCUUAUGUAUAAAAUGGCUGCCAUGUUGCUAAGGUUGGCCAUUUACAGCAUCACCUUCAGGAGUGUAGACCUGUGGAUGUCAUCAUGAGAUGCACUGACAGUUGUCUGGAGAUACCGCCUACUCUGAGCUUUCCUGGCUAGCCAGUUACAGAAGACCUUGGAAGCUGAUUCACAUUCUCAGUCAAAUAAAGGCAAAGGGGAGGGGGGGAAUGUAGAAACAGCAUCUUUUAAUAAGGUUAAUAGUAUUCAAGUGACCUACUGACUGGAAAUAACCAAAUUAAAAACUACUGCAAAUCCAGUAGAAUGUACCAGUAAGACAGGUAUUGAGAACAUUGCUUUGAUUUAAAAAAUUAGAGUGGCCACUAGGUAGAAUAAGUAGUUGUAAGGUUUUGUGUGGUUCUAAUUAGUUUGGUUGUGAAGUCCUGUUGGAUCUCUGCAAACGAGCCAGGUAAGAUUAGCAUUCUGUUCUCCUUGAGAGGGGAUUUUACAGACUUGUCCUCACAAAGUGGGCUAACUCCUGUUAGUGAUGACAUUCUAGGCCCAAGACAAACUUGUUUUUCAUUAGAGUGUUUAACACAUGGUCAUCACAUUUGUCUGAAAGUGGAUGGGACAGUCUUGUCUAUACAACCCUCAUGAGCCCACCUAAAGAGGUCUUGGGGAACACAGAUGCGUUUGUCUGUUAUUGGAAUGAGAAGUUCAUGGUAGGUCUAAUUCCCACCAGGACGGAUUAGGGCCACAUUCCACCAUGGCCAGUCCUAUCUGAUGAAUUUUGGGGUUGAGUGUUGCAGUACCAUGAGUUUAGGCACUUCCAGCAGGAGAGUCAGCUCGAAAUGUAGAAUGAUAAAGAACAUACCCGCACAACACUUUUCCUAGCCAAAUAAGGCAGGAGAGGGAGUGAGCACCUUUUUAAGCAUGGAGGAGGUGGAGAUGGUAGCAGGGUAGUGCCUAAAUUCAAUGCCGAUCCAGACAGUCUAAAAUUGGGGGUCACCACAGGUUGAUGGGCACAUAGCAGAUCACUUAGUAACUUUAAGGUACAUGAGCCAGGCAGGGAUAGCUUCUCUGUUAGGAUGGAGGAGGACAUAGCUAAAUACAAGAAACACAUGAAGCCCGUAUGCGGUGUGUUUUACUGGAUGACUCACAAUGUCUUGCAAUAACUUAAUGCCAUAGUACUUUCUGGCUUAUAUAAUAAUCCUGCAAAGUAAAGCACUUUUUCAAAGGAAUCUGUUAGAAAGCCACACGAUUUCAGCUGUUUUUGAGCUCUACGAAUGUUUUCAAAGAUAUAAUCAAAAUGUUUUUCUAUUGAUUAAAAAGUAUAAAUAUUAAACCUAUCCAUAGAAACAUUUAAGUGUAAUUAUUAAAACAGAUUGUUAUGCUUUAAAACAUACUCUAAUAAAUGGUAUAAAACAUAAUGCUUAUGAUGGGACUAUGAGCUAGAGGACAUGGGGGUCAACAAAAUUAAUAAUCAGAAAAGUACAUUAUAUGCAUCAGACUCAUUUGUUCUAGCUUGGUUUAAUGUCAAUUUCUUGUUACUUCAAGGUAUGGUUUCAUAGCAGAAACCCUGCUGAUUUUGUUCAGUAAAUUUGUUUUUGUUAUCUUACAGAUUGAUAAUUAUCAAAUGUUUGCAACUUCA